AUGGACGCCGUCGAUGUUUCGGAGCACUACGAGGUCGGCUCACGCGAAGACACUCCCUCUCUCCUUUCUAUCGUCCUCGACACCAACCCGCGAGCAUGGGCAUCCCUCAGCAGUGUCCUGCCUCUGUCGCGCGCGAUCGCGAAUAUCCUCGUUUUCGUCAACGCUCACCUUGCUUUCAGCAACGCCAACCAAGUAGCUCUGAUUGCUGCUCACGUCGAUCGCGCAGAGUGGCUGUAUCCGACACCGCCAAAGCCUUCUUGUGACGCCUCAGGCGACGUCGAAAUGAACGAUGCCUCCCAGACCCAAACUUCGGCAAACAAAUUCCCCCAGUUUGCGCAGAUCGAAGCCGCUGUCUUGGCUGCCAUACGAAAGCUGAUGGAUCAGACUAAGGAAGCAGACCUGUCUGCCACAACAACACAAAUAUCAGGAGCUCUAACACUUGCCCUAUGCCAUAUCAACAAGGCUGCCCAGGCAUUCUGUUCACCUACCGCCAACUUGGAAGAUACUCACAAGGGCUCUUCCAACACAUCCCCACCAACCGUCCGCGGCCGAAUUCUCGUUAUCUCUGUGUCCGAUUCAGAGCCCUCGCAAUACAUCCCCACCAUGAACGCUGUCUUUGCAGCUGCCCAUACCCAAGUCGCAAUCGAUACCCUCUCACUUACCGGUGAGCCGACUUUCCUGGAACAAGCGUGCUACAAUACAGGCGGCACAUUUUUGGCAGCUACACAUCCUCAGGGCCUACUCAACUACCUCAUGUUUGGCCUCAUAGCUGACACCGAAGCUCGCGAAGCCCUCAUCACUCCCAUACAUGACACUGUUGAUUUCCGUGCCGCUUGCUUCUGCCAUGGCCGUGUUGUUGACACUGGUUUUGUCUGUUCAAUCUGUCUCAGCAUUUUUUGCGAGGCACCGGAGAACUCCGAAUGUUUCACAUGUGGAACGAAGCUAUCUUUGGGCAACUACGGUGCUAAGCCAGCUGUUGUUCCACGUAAGAAAAAGAAGAAGCGAAAGAUAGUGAAUGGCGGGUCACGAGAGGAGACAGGCAGUGCGACAGGGACCCCUCGUCCUUGA